AUGGCAUUAGACAAUAGAUCCUACGCAUUUCAUGUAGGAACUUUGUUGCUUUUUCAGGGUGAUUAUGUUUGGCUGGACCUCAAGACAGGUCGGGAGUUUGAAGUUCCUGUCGGAGCAGUGGUCAAGUUAUGUGAUUCAGGCCAGAUCCAGGUGCUGGAUGAUGAAGGCAAUGAACACUGGAUAUCCCCACAGAAUGCCACUAAUAUCAAACCCAUGCAUCCAACCUCAAUUCACGGAGUGGAAGACAUGAUCCGUUUAGGAGAUCUCAAUGAAGCAGGAAUUCUUCGUAAUCUUCUCAUACGAUACCGUGAACACCUCAUAUAUACAUACACCGGUUCCAUUUUAGUUGCCGUGAAUCCUUAUCAGCUGCUCCCUAUCUACACCCCAGACCAGAUUCGCCUUUACACCAAUAAGAAGAUUGGGGAAAUGCCACCACAUAUCUUUGCCAUAGCAGAUAACUGUUACUUUAAUAUGCAACGCAACAAUAAAGACCAGUGCUGCAUCAUUAGCGGGGAGUCAGGAGCUGGCAAGACAGAAAGUACCAAGCUUAUCUUGCAGUUUCUAGCAGCUAUCAGUGGGCAGCACUCAUGGAUCGAACAGCAGGUGCUGGAGGCCAAUCCUAUAUUAGAGGCUUUUGGGAACGCCAAGACCAUUCGCAAUGACAAUUCCAGCCGGUUUGGAAAAUACAUAGAUAUCCAUUUCAAUAAGAAAGGAGCGAUAGAAGGGGCGAGGAUUGAACAGUAUCUGCUGGAGAAGUCUCGUGUCUGCAGACAGGCUACGGAUGAAAGGAAUUACCAUGUGUUCUAUUGCAUGUUAAAAGGAAUGCCUCCAGAGCAGAAGAAAAAGCUUGGACUUGGAAUUGCCACAGAUUACAACUACCUCUGUAUGGGUAAAUGCACUACCUGUGAUGGGAGAGACGAUAGUAAGGAAUAUGCCAACAUCCGCUCAGCCAUGAAAGUCCUGAUGUUUACUGACACGGAGAACUGGGAGAUCUCCCGACUACUUGCCGCCAUAUUGCACAUGGGAAACUUGCGCUAUGAAGCACGCAUGUACGAUAAUUUGGACGCUUGUGAAGUUGUUUAUUCCACCUCCUUAACUACUGCUGCAACAUUACUUGAGGUUGAACCUCAGGACCUGAUGAACUGUCUCACUAGCCGUACUAUUAUCACCAGAGGGGAGACAGUCUCCACCCCGCUCAGUAUGGAGCAAGCCUUGGAUGUCAGGGAUGCAUUUGUAAAGGGGAUAUAUGGGCGAUUGUUUGUGUGGAUUGUGGAAAAGAUCAAUGGUGCUAUUUACAGACCUCUUUCAAAUGAACCUAAAGCCGUGAGACGGUCCAUUGGUCUACUAGAUAUAUUUGGGUUUGAAAAUUUCACUGUAAACAGCUUCGAGCAGCUCUGCAUAAAUUUUGCCAAUGAGAACCUGCAACAGUUUUUCGUACGUCACGUAUUUAAGUUGGAGCAGGAAGAAUAUAACCUGGAGAACAUUAACUGGCAGCACAUAGAGUUCACAGACAAUCAAGAUGCUCUGGAUAUGAUCGCCAUUAAACCCAUGAACAUCAUUUCUCUUAUUGACGAGGAGAGCAAGUUCCCAAAGGGUACUGACACAACAAUGUUGAAUAAGCUUAACACCCAGCACAGGUUUAACACAUUUUAUAUUCCUCCUAAGAAUAACUAUGAGACACAAUUUGGGAUCAACCAUUUUGCUGGCAUUGUGUACUAUGAAACCAGAGGUUUCUUGGAGAAGAAUCGAGAUACUCUCCAUGGAGACAUCAUACAACUAGUUCACUCCUCCAGAAACAAAUUUAUCAAACAGAUCUUCCAGGCCGAUGUGGCAAUGGGGGCUGAGACCAGGAAACGCUCACCCACCCUAAGCAGCCAGUUCAAGCGAUCGCUGGAGCUGCUGAUGCGAACACUCAGUGUGUGCCAGCCUUUCUUUGUGCGCUGCAUCAAGCCCAAUGAAUACAAGAAACCUAUGUUGUUUGAUCGGGAGUUGUGCGUUCGGCAGCUGAGAUACUCAGGAAUGAUGGAGACUAUCCGGAUCCGCAGGGCAGGAUAUCCCAUCCGAUACACAUUUGUGGAAUUUGUUGACAGAUAUCGAGUGCUGAUGCCGGGAGUGAAACCUGCCUAUAAACAGGGAGACCUGCGUGGUACAUGUCAAAGGAUAGCAGAAUGUGUAUUGGGAAAGGAUAAUGACUGGCAAAUAGGCAAGACAAAAAUCUUCUUAAAGGAUCAUCAUGACAUGCUGCUGGAGAUUGAGAGAGACAAAGCCAUAACUGAUAAAGUUAUUCUCAUACAGAAAGUUGUACGUGGCUUCAAGGACAGAUCCAAUUUCCUGAAAGUCAGAAAAUCCGUUUUAAUGAUUCAGAGAUACUGGAGAGGACACAACUGCAGGAGAAAUUACGCUGUGAUGAGGAUUGGUUUCCUCCGGCUUCAAGCCCUGUACAGAUCUCGGAAGCUUCACAAACAGUACCAUAUUGCUCGUAGAAGAAUCAGUGAGUUUCAAGCACGGUGUAGAGGUUACCUGGUCCGAAAGGCAUUCAGACAUCGUCUUUGGGCAGUGUACACAGUGCAAGCCUACGCCAGGGGCAUGAUUGCACGCAGACUCUACAAGCGUCUUAAAGGAGAGUAUUACUGGCGCCUGGAGGCAGAAAAGAUGCGCCUUUCUGAAGAAGAACGACUCCGAAAAGAAAUGAGUGCAAAACGAGCCAAACAGGAAGCUGAGAAAAAUCACCAAGAGCGUCUUGCUCAGCUUGCCCGAGAAGAUGCAGAGAGAGAGGUCAGAGAAAAAGAUGAAGCUCGACGGAAAAAGGAACUUCUGGACAAAAUGGAGAAAGCCAGAAACGAACCAGUUAAUGAUUCAGACAUGGUUGACAAGAUGUUUGGCUUCUUGGGGACCACAUCAUCUCUACCAGGCCAGGAAGGACAGGCGCCAUCUGGCUUUGAGGAUCUUGAGUGCACUCACAGGGAGAUGGAGGAAGAAGAUUUGGAUGGAUCUAUACCACUUCCAGAAGAGGAAGAAGAAGACCUUUCUGAAUAUAAGUUUGCGAAAUUUGCAGCAACAUACUUCCAGGGAACAACCACAAACACUUAUAUCCGCAGACCUCUGAAGCAGCCCCUGUUAUACCAUGAAGAUGAAGGAGACCAGUUGGCUGCACUAGCUGUCUGGAUAACCAUCUUACGGUUCAUGGGAGAUCUCCCUGAACCAAAAUACCACACAGCCAUGAGUGACGGCAGUGAGAAGAUCCCAGUAAUGACCAAGAUUUAUGAGACCUUGGGGAAAAAGACCUAUAAAAAAGAGCUCCAAGCUCUUCAGGGGGAAGGAGAGAAUUCACAUAUUGACGGACACAAGAAGAACAGUGUGCGGCAUAAACUGGUCUCUCUCACUUUAAAGAAGAAGUCUAAGUUAACAGAGGAGGUGACAAAAAGGCUUCAUGAUGGAGAGUCCACACUGCAGGGAAACAGUAUGCUGGAAGAUCGUCCCACAUCUAACCUGGAGAAACUCCAUUUUAUCAUUGGAAAUGGCAUUUUGAGGCCAGCACUGAGAGAUGAAAUAUACUGCCAAAUCUCAAAGCAACUCACCCAGAAUCCCUCCAAAAGCAGUCACGCCCGUGGUUGGAUUCUCAUGUCUCUGUGUGUAGGAUGCUUUGCACCAUCGGAAAAGUUUGUCAAAUAUUUAAGAAACUUCAUUAAUGGGGGACCUCCAGGGUAUGCACCAUACUGUGAAGAAAGGCUUAGAAGAACAUUUGCUAAUGGCACGAGGACACAGCCGCCCAGCUGGCUUGAGCUGCAGGCUACAAAGUCUAAAAAGCCAAUCAUGCUCCCGGUCACUUUUAUGGAUGGAACCACAAAGACGCUCCUUACGGAUUCGGCCACUACAGCAAUGGAACUCUGCAAUUCACUAGCGGACAAGAUAACUCUGAAGGAUAGAUUUGGCUUUUCCUUGUACAUAGCACUAUUUGAUAAGGUGUCUUCACUGGGAAGUGGGAAUGACCAUGUGAUGGAUGCAGUCUCUCAGUGUGAGCAGUAUGCCAAGGAGCAGGGUGCACAGGAGAGAAAUGCACCCUGGAGGCUCUUUUUCCGGAAAGAGAUCUUUACACCAUGGCACAAUCCUUCCGAGGACAAUGUGGCUUCUAACCUCAUAUACCAACAGAUUGUUAGAGGAGUUAAAUUUGGAGAGUACAGAUGUGAUAAGGAAGAAGACCUGGCUGAUCUGGCAUCCCAACAGUACUACGUAGACUAUGGUUCUGAAUUAGUAAUGGAGAGGUUGUUAAAUCUCAUACCUUCCUAUAUUCCGGAUCGCGAGAUCACACCAUCUAAAAAUGUGGAGAAAUGGGCACAGUUUAUAAUUGCGGCACAUAAAAAGGGCAUUUACACACAGAAAAGAGCAGAUGCACAGAAAGUCAAGGAAAAUGUGGUUGAUUUUGCAAGAUUUAAGUGGCCUUUGUUAUUCUCCAGAUUUUAUGAGGCCUUCAAAUUUUCAGGUCCCAGCCUACCCAAGAACGAUGUGAUUGUUGCUGUCAAUUGGACAGGAGUUUACUUUGUGGAUGAGCAGGAGCAGGUGCUUCUCGAGUUGUCCUUCCCAGAGAUCACUGCCGUCUCCAGCAGCAGGGGAGGAAAACUUCAAGGGCAGAGCUUCACACUUGCCACUAUUAAGGGGGAUGAGUACACAUUCACAUCUAACAAUGCAGAAGAUAUCAGAGACCUGGUAGUAACCUUCUUGGAAGGUCUAAGAAAAAGAUCCAAACAUGUGGUAGCUCUUCAAGACAACCCUAACCCGGCUGGAGAAGAUUCAGGAUUUCUCAGUUUUCUAAAGGGAGACCUAAUCAUCUUGGACCAGGACACCGGAGAAACCAUAAUGAACUCUGGGUGGGCUCAUGGGGUCAAUGAAAGGACCAAACAGAAGGGAGAUUUUCCAACAGAGAUUGUAUAUGUUAUGCCAACUGUCACCAAGCCUCCUCUAGAGAUUGUGGCUUUGGUUACAAUGACACCCGACCAAAGACAAGAUAUAGUAAGGACAGUCCAGCUGAUUACAUCAGACCAAGAAGAGAAGGUGAAGCCUUACACACUGGAGGAAUUCUCCUAUGACUAUUUCAGACCUCCUCCCAAGCACACUCUGAGCCGUGUCAUGAUCACCAAGAACCGGGGAAAGGACAAGCUUUGGAGCUAUACACGUGAGCCCAUCAAACAAGCCUUGCUGAAAAAGGUGCUAAUCAGCGAGGAAGUAUCUCAGGAAGCCUGUAUGGCAUUCAUAGCUAUCCUGAAAUACAUGGGCGACUACCCAUCCAAACGCAUGCGCUCUGUCAAUGAACUCACUGACCAGAUAUUUGAAGGUGCCUUGAAAGCAGAGUCGCUGAAGGAUGAAAUCUACUGCCAGAUCCUUAAGCAGCUCACAGACACCCAUAUAAAGUAUAGUGAGGAAAAAGGUUGGGAGCUCCUAUGGUUGGUCACAGGCCUCUUCCCUCCCAGUAAUAUUCUGCUGCCUCAUGUACAGCGAUUUAUCCAGUCUCGUAAGCAGCACGCCCUGGCAAGUGACUGUAUGCACCGUCUGCAGAGAUCGCUACGGAAUGGCUCCAGAAAGUACCCACCCCAUUUGGUAGAAGUUGAAGCAAUUCAACACAAAACUACACAAAUCUUCCACAAAGUUUAUUUUCCAGAUGACACAGAUGAGGCAUUUGAAGUAGAGUCCAGCACAAAAGCCAAGGAUUUCUGCCAAGAUAUUGCUAACCGUCUGCUGCUAAAGUCCCCAGAAGGUUUCAGUUUGUUUGUGAAGAUCUCUGAUAAGGUGAUUAGUGUCCCAGAAGGAGAUUUUUUCUUUGAUUUUGUGAGACAUCUUACUGACUGGAUAAAAAAAGCCAGACCUUCAAAAGAUGGGAUAGUGCCUUCUCUCACAUACCAAGUGUUCUUCAUGAAGAAAUUAUGGACGAAUACUGUUCCUGGAAAAGAUCCUAUGGCUGACUCUAUCUUCCACUAUUAUCAGGAGUUACCCAAGUAUUUACGUGGCUACCACAAGUGCACCAGAGAAGAUGUGUUGCAGCUGGGCGCUCUGAUCUACAGAGUUAAGUUUGAAGAUGACAAAUCUUAUUUCCCAAACAUCCCCAAAAUUCUGAAGGAACUGGUGCCUCAAGAUCUUAUCCGACAGUUAAAUCCAGAUGACUGGAAAAGGUCCAUUAUUGCCUUUUUCAAUAAACACGCCGGGAAAACACGGGAAGAAGCCAAGGUUGCCUUCCUAAAGAUAAUUUUCAAGUGGCCAACAUUUGGGUCAGCUUUUUUUGAAGUGAAGCAAACAACUGAGCCUCAUUUCCCAGAGAUACUGUUAAUCGCUAUCAACAAACACGGUGUCAGCUUAAUAGACCCCAAGACAAAGGAUAUUUUGGCUACCCACCCCUUCACCAAGAUCUCUAACUGGAGCAGCGGUAACACUUACUUCCAUAUAACUAUUGGAAAUCUUGUGAGAGGGAGCAAGCUGCUGUGUGAAACCUCACUGGGUUACAAGAUGGAUGACCUACUGACAUCCUAUAUCAGCCAGAUGCUGACAUCAAUGAGCAAGCAGAAAGUCUCAAAAAGCAGCAAGUGAACUGAAAAAAAGGGCUGGCAUUUGGCUGUUGACUUUAUUUGUUCUUUAAAGUCCGUGGGAUAUCCCUGCAGCUGGGGGAAUACCUUCUCUCCCCAGGUCUGGAACAUGAACAGAGCCGAAUCCCAAAUUUCUUCAGACUACGAUAUUGAAGGUUCAAACCCAUCGUCUAGUGAGGAUGAUUAUCUGUGAGCACAUUUCAGAAUGGUUGGAAACUUCUCUGUGGCUUUGGGUCAGAAUGAAAUGCAUAGCUCAUAUAAAACUUUCUAUUUCCAAGGAACUCACAGAUUGAGUGAAUGGAAUUCACAUAUUGAGUUGGUUCAAUAUGAAGCCUGUUUUUAUGAAAGUGUUUAGCAUUAAGAUGGCCUUUAAAUUGCUUGAAGAAGACAGGCCCAUGUAUGGCUAUGAACGCAAAAUGGUUAUUCUAUGGGCAGUCGUGUAGAUCAAAAAAAAUGGACUCCUUAAAAUAAUGGAGAGCAGAUUUUAAUAUAUUGCAAAUUUUGGAGUCUAUAGGAUUCUUAAAGUAUUUAAGAGAUUAAAUUUAAUUCAUCAACGUAUUUAUUUAACUUAAAAUGUACCAAUGUGUUUUGAAAUUCUGGAUUUGAAAAAAAAUAAAUUAAAAAGUGUAAGAUAA